AUGUCUGAAUUGAAUGCCGCGCAAACGCGCCAACAGCUUCAGCAGCUUGAAAAAGAACAUGGCGACUUGAAGUCGCAACUUUCCAUCGUUCGAAUCAGCGAGCCGAUUUUCUCGCCAGAGGAAGAUUCCACAGGCUCGUCUCCUUCAAAACGCAGUUCAGAUGUUUCUGCCGUUGAUGCCCCGUCGCCAGCGUCCCUUGAGGCAGAUCUGACACAUUACAAGGAACUGUUCUCGAAGCUGCGGUUUUCUUAUGUCGAACAAGUGACAAAAGAGAAAUUCUUACGUGCAAUCGUAGGUGAUCCGCCUCUUGUUGUGGGCCAUAAUGAGAACGUGGAGUUGGAAACACAAUUGGCGGAGGUAAAGGCGGAGCUCAAGGCGCGUAAAGAGGAGGUUCGGUCAAUGAUAGAGGAGAUGGAAAAGAUGUCUCGGGAUCUCGCGACUCGCUACAAGAAUGUCCAGCUGCAAAUGGCCGAACUGGCUACACUUCCUGAAUCGAUUGAAAAUCUCGAGUCCACCAUAGCCGCGUUACGGGCGAAGCAAGUUGCCAAUUCGAACACGUCGUCAUCGCAGAAUCUCCCGCUUCCCGCAACGUUGUCCCUAUUGGAGGAACGCGAGGCUGAACUUGCAGCACUUAACCGACAAAUCGCCACAGCACAGAAUGCUUUACCGCGAAAGACUCGAGAGGCUGAAACUAUGGAGCGGGAGUUAAAUAUACUAGAGCGGCGCAAGUCAGAGGCUAUAAUGCAAGCGCGAGAGGCUCAGAGAAAGAAGCAAGAGGGCGAAAGCGACGGACUCGAAGAAGCAGGAAGAUGGUACCGGAGUGCGGAAGAAGCAUUGAAGAAACUCGUGGGGGUCGAAGGAUAA